CCUCUCACCGCUCCUGGCUCUGGCUCUCUCUGCCUCUCUCCAAAGCUGUUGUUUCUGUGCGGCUCCCGCACAUCAUUCCACCGCGAUGGAAAUUAAAUGGAGGUGGCUUAACGCAGCUAGCAGAGGCAUGCUUUGAAGGAUGUAACCGGGGGAAGCUGCUCUGCCAGAUCCUUUUCCAUGGGCUGUGGAUUUGCGCUGCUGAGGCGAGGACACAGCAAUCACUCAGCCAUGCAGAAGCCCAGACAACAGGACUAAUCUCUCCACCUGACUUGUGGAAGCUCCACUUUUUUCUGAAUUAUUUAUUCCUUGCUGCCAAAGAAAGUGUGGGAAAAUGGAGCCGGAGUGAAGUAGAUGGUAAAUUUGUAGUUUUGACUGCAGUCUGCAGCACACAUGGAUGUGUUCAGCUUUGUGAAGAUGCCAAAGAUGUCAGGCCACAGGACAAAAUCCUUAGGCCGGCCGCCCCCUUCAGGGACCUGGAGUGCUUCACAGGGACCCCCCAAUGGAUGGGACAUGGGCAGCAAUAGAGAGGGGCGUGACUGCUACAUCAACCACGUCUCCCAGAGCAGCUCCCUGGAGGAGGUUUGUCUGGACGGGGACAAGUUUGUGUCACAAGCGCCCCGGAAGGUUGAGAUGAGACGAGAUCCAGUGCUUGGCUUUGGAUUUGUGGCAGGCAGUGAGAAACCUGUGGUGGUCCGGUCAGUCACACCAGGGGGUCCAUCAGAAGGCAAGCUGAUCCCAGGAGACGAGAUCAUCAUGAUUAAUGAUGAGCCAGUCACUUCAGCACCCAGGGAGAGGGUUAUUGACCUUGUCAGGUAUGACAACACAUUAAGGAGUUGCAAGGAGUCCAUAUUGUUGAGCGUUAUUCAGCCGUACCCAUCACCCAAAUCGGCAUUCAUCAGCGCAGCCAAAAAGGCCAAGUUAAAGACUAAUCCUGUUAAGGUCCGCUUCGCUGAGGAGGUCAUCAUCAAUGGCCAGGUCCCUGAAACGGUGAAGGACAACUCCCUUCUCUUUAUGCCAAAUGUUUUGAAGGUGUACCUGGAGAACGGGCAGACCAAAUCAUUUAAAUUUGACAGCAGCACAUCCAUUAAGGAUGUCAUUUUGACCCUGCAAGAAAAGCUAUCCAUUAAGAGCAUCGAGCACUUUUCUCUGAUGCUGGAACAGAGAGCUGAGGGGUCUGCCAGCAAACUCAUGCUGCUGCAUGAGCAGGAGAUGCUAACUCAGGUGACACAGAGGCCAGGGUCAAACAAGAUGAAGUGCUUUUUUCGCAUCACUUUUGUCCCAAAGGAUCCUGUGGACCUGCUUAGGAGAGACGCAGUAGCAUUUGAGUACCUAUACGUUCAGAGCUGUAAUGAUGUGGUGUUGGAGAGAUUUGGGUCAGAGCUGAAAUACGACACAGCUCUCCAUCUGGCUGCCCUGCAAAUGUAUAUUCUAACCAUCAAUACCAAGCAGUCCCAGAAAGUUUCUCUCAAGUAUAUUGAGAAGGAGUGGGGUCUGGCGUUGUUCCUGCCUCCGGCAGUGCUGUCUAGCAUGAAAGAGAAGAAUAUCAAAAAAGCCCUCACUCACAUCCUCAAAACCAACCAGAACCUGGUGCCCCCUGGUAAAAAGCUGACUGCCCUGCAGGCUAAGGUCCAUUAUCUGAAGUACCUCAGCGAUUUGAGGCUGUAUGGAGGACGAGUUUUUAAAUCCGUAUUAAUUCAAGGCGAGAAGCACACAGAAGUGACAUUGCUGGUGGGGCCCAAAUACGGCAUCAGCCAUGUGAUUAAUACUAAAACCAACCUGGUGGCACUUCUGGCUGAUUUCAGUCAUGUCAAUCGCAUUGAGAUGUAUACAGAAGAUGAGAACAGGGUUAGAGUGGAACUACAUGUUCUGGAUGUGAAGCCCAUCACUCUCUUAAUGGAGUCUGUUGAUGCAAUGAAUCUGGCCUGUUUGACUGCUGGCUACUACAGAUUACUGGUGGACUCUCGGCGCUCCAUCUUCAACGUGGCUCAAAACACAGAAACAAGCCAAGCAGCAAGAGUAAAGCAGACCUACCAGGCCAUUGAGUGUACAUACAGCACACCCCAGAAAGGAUUUGAAGACAGAAACAACCAGAGAUGCAACCAAGAUUAUUCUAACCAGGAGUGUGAAUACCUCCAGCAUGGGAGAUUUGAAGGCCAGCGAGUCUACAUUACUGAGAUCCACCAACCCCAACACUCAAUGCACAUGGCAGAGAGGGCAGAGUGCUGCGGAAUCCCCUGUUCCCAAACUUACCUCAACGUUCCCAGGCCCAAACCCCAAGACUCCUCCAGGAGUGCAAAGGUCUCCUUCAUAUUUGGAGAUCCUCCCUUAGACAGUGUAAACCCCCAAAAUCUGGGCUACCACAGACUGAUGGAUGAGAGCCCAGAGAUGUUAGACAAUCACAGCCACAUGUAUAGGCGUCUCGAGGACGACUAUAAGAUGAUGGAUGCCAUAGAAGACGGGGAUGGGUACCAGUACGCCACCAAAAUCUUUGGUCCUACUGAAUGUAUCGAGGAGCCGCUGCUGCACGAUAUCUGCUACGCAGACACAACAGAUGAUGCAGAGGAUGAAGAUGACAUCAGCUGUGAGGAGGACAUGGGGAUGAGUGACAUUGACAAGCCUAUGUUACUCUCACUCUCAGGGUCCAGCGAUGACAUCAUUGACUUAACCUCCCUCCCUCCCCCACCGGACGGUAAUGACGAGGAGGACAAUGACGUACUGCUGCACUCUCUUAACCUGGCAAUAGCUGCUCCUCCUCCUGGCUUCAGGGACAGCUCUGACGAGGAGGAGCAGCAGCAGGGGGGCAUUCGGGCCCAAGAGGCCUGCAAUGAUAUCCCAGUGUCUCUUAUAGAUUCAGUGCCCGCCCUCGGAGCAGAAGGCCACGGUGAGCCUCUGAACGAUGCAGUGGUGUCCACCUUACAGGCACUCGAGGCCCUCGCUGCGUCUGAGGAACAGAGUCCGGCACAGUCCGAGAGUAGCACAGGUGUAGAAAUAUCACGGGCAUUUAGUCCUGAGUCCUCAGAUUCUGGCAACGAGACAAAUUCCUCUGAGAUGACGGAGAGCUCCGAGCUGGCCGCCGCUCAAAGACACUCAGAGAACCACCUGAGGAUGCAUGUAGCCAUGACAGAGGGUUACCAUGCUGUGAACGAAGAAAAGACGGAGGUUGCUGCACCUAGCGACGGUGGUGCCGGAGCUGUGCAGUACAACACUCAGGAGCAUCAGGAUGAGGAGGCUAAAUCGUCUGCUGUUGCCUCCUCCCAGAUUUUUCACUCCAACGGCGGGGAGAUGGAGCCAGAGACAAUGGAAAUAAAAUCAGUCAGCGAAUACUUCACUAAGAUGCACAUAGGCUCUGUAAUGAGCAGGCAGAGAGGAAAACAGAGGGUGGCAGAGAGCAGAAUGCAAGGAGUUACCUGUGCAUCCUCUGACAGAUCUCACAUGACUUCUCACGACUCAGCUAAAGAGGAGGCCCCUCAUCUUGUUGGGAAGUAUAACGCUUUCACUGUGAGAGAUUCGUACUACAUGAAUCAACUUGAUCUGGGUCGAACUCACUUUAAAGACAGGCAUCAAAAAUGGCAGCAGAGAGGGCCUGGAAACAAAAUGGCAGAAAAUCUAUCUAUGGAUGGUGUGACUGACUCACAGGCUUCCCACGCAGACAGGUUGACAGUAAAGGAAGAGAAACAGGACUCAGAGGAAAGAAGCCAACAGUUAAAUGCUCAUCUCCACUCUCCGUCCAAAGUGCCUGCCCUUGCAGAAGGAGAUGCCACUUCACAAGACAAUGAGCAGCAGCAAAUUAAGAUUCCACCAUUGGAUCAUGACGUCACACGGCUAUAUGAAUACCACGUGAGCAAGCGCAUGUCAUCGAUACAGAGUGAAGGCGUUAAUUCUCUCCAGAGCUCGCAGUGUUCCUCUAUAGACGCCGGUUGUAGCACAGGCAGCAGCAGCUGUGUCACCCCCAUGGAUUCUCCUCUUUGUGCCACAGACAACAUGCAUGUACUGUCAGAGUCCUCGCUCAAGGGGCUGAGUUAUGUAACUGCUGAGGAAAAACAGUAUGGGCCACAAGGUCAGGGAAGGGUUGGACAGCCCAUAGACCCCACCCUGCUGAGGAAGAUCCAUGCAGCUACCAGUGCUGAGCCUGGGUUCGGGAUUAAUCGAGAUAACAGUCAUCGAAAGCCCAAGAUAAAAGAAACCACAGCUUGCACACAGCUGAAGAAGGUUGGGGAAGAGUCAUCUUUAGCUCUCUGUUAUGAGACCAAUACCACCACCACAACCACAUCACCAUCAUCAUUGAGAAGUAGCACAGAGCCCAGAGGGCUAACACAGGCCAGCCCCGACCCACACACCCUGGCUUCCCCCUUAAGCGGAUCUUUAUGUGACCCUAAAACAAGCAGCAACAGAAAGCCAAACAGGGAUCGGAUGCUCAGAAGAAGCUGGAGCACCAUAAUGCCAAAUUCCAGGAGUUUAGAAGCACUGAUAGAGAAGACCAGAGCCACACUUACAGGGAGGAGUAGUGGUCAGAAUUUUCCGUCUCAAGAUCCCCCCAAAGUACAGAGGAUAUUCUCUGCCAAAACCUUGCCCAAGAGCUUGUCCCAAGGUUCAGUCGCAACUAAUUUGUCUGGUAGAAGGCAGCCAAGAGGAGCCUCCCUGUUGCUGCCAGAGUCAACAGCACCAAGUGAUGUAGGUACGUGGAGAUGCCAUGGGCCGUUCAGACACUGCUUCCUGCGGAGAAAGAAAAACGCCGAUGGUGAUGAUGAAGACAGAGAGAUGCACUCCCAUGCUUUGUUUUCUGUCAGCUCAGUUUCUUUCAACCGCAAGAAAAAUACAGUCUUGAGAGCUGUCUCCGAAGCAGAGCAGAGUAACGUAAAUGCAGCUACAAAUGACAUGAGCCUCGAAGCAAGGCUAGCACGUGUAAAUUCAAUGAAAGGAAAAACCUACAGCCUCCAUACAGGGUUUGCACUUACACGUAAGGAUGCCUUAGAGAUGGCUGGUGUGUUGCGUUCCAGCGUCGGCGACUGGUCCAGAGGUGCAAGACGAGAGGUCAACAAGGCUGAUAUGGAUAACUUCUCCCAGCUGCUUUUCAUGCAGGCGAAAGUGCUGAGCAGCGCCUGCAGUCAGAUGGGUGUAGAGUACAGCAGCCCAGAGGAGUUACUGCUCACUCUGACGCACAGCUUCCACUCACUCUGCUGCCUAACGCAGGCCUGCAUGUCACUGGUGGAAGGCCUGAGCAGCGAAGGAGAGCAGCGUGAGGUAGUAGCCAAAGUGGACGAGGUAGUCAUGAACUACGUGUGUCUGCUGAAAGCUGCUGAGGCAGCUUUGGGAAGCUCCCCCAGUGACCAAAGUGUGAAUGCAUUGACACAUCACUCUGCCUCCAUGUCUGCUAUUAUAAAUGCACUAACUCACUCACUGAAAACACUGCUCAAUAAAUAAACUGUUGUUAUUUUGUCCUGAUUAUUGAUUUUAAAGCCAUACAUAAGAGACAUGGGUUCUACAACCAAUGUGAACUGCUGUGACAAAAACCUUGCCUUGUGUAUACAAUAUUUUAUUAUGUAAAGUAAAAAUACAACUAUAUGAAUUAUUAAAGUUUUGAAUAGAUUAUAUUAAGGCCUCUAUGAAGAUGAAUAUGACCCUCCUCUCAAAUAUAUUAUCUGAUAUUAUAUAAUAGGGAUUGUUUUCAAGAUGUAUUGGUUGUAUUAGGGGGUUAACAUUUAGAUUAUAACAACCUUAUUGGUAUCUUGUUUAUACAUUGUAAUAAUAUAUAUUAUGUUGAAGAAAUGAAUACAGCUCUAGACAACUGCGCAGGACAGUACAUGAUCAAUCAAGUAACACAUGACUUUUUCUUUGGCUGGAUUCACCUUUAUUUAAUGAAUACUUUGCACAUGAACACUGAGUACUCUCCUGUUAUUAUUUGUGAACAUCAUUAAAAUGAUUAAAACUU